AUGUCAUCCAAUUUCUCGUUCGAACUGGGCGGGGCGCCGUACACCAUCCCUUCGCCCACAGAGAAGCCCAUCGCCUAUGUCGCCACCAUCGUCCUCUUCGUCAUUCUGGCAUACGCCCUCGGCGACCAUGGCGCCAAGCUGCCCGAGAUCAACCCACUCAAGCCAUUUGAGUUCUCCAACUCGCGCCGCAUCCUUGAAUUCUUCCAAACGAGCAAGGAGCUCAUGCUCAAGGGCAGAGCCAAGUUUGGCGACAGCCCGUACAAGCUCAUGACGGAAUGGGGCAGUGUUCUGGUUUUGCCCCCUGACUUUAUCCACGAGCUUCGUAGUGAUCCCAACUUGGCUUUUGAGGAGCCUGCCAAAGAUCCCCUUUCCGAAGAGUCGACACUCGUCCUCCGCCAUGUCCUCACUGAUUCGACUGAAUGGCACAAGAUAAGCCCCCAGCAAGACAUCAUGCGCAUUGUCUCUCGCCUCUCCUCCCGCGUCUUCGCCGGCGAAGACCUCUGCCGCGACGACGAAUGGGUCUGCGUCUCGUCAGAGUACACUGCGGCUGCCUUUGGCGUAGGCUACGAAGUCGGCCAGUGGCCCCGCUGGUCCCGCCCAAUCGUCCACUGGUUCCUCCCCUCGUGCUGGCGCGUCCGCGCUCUCCUCGCCGAGUGCCGCAAGACCCUCCAGCCGCAUGUGGAGCGCCGCGAACAGCGCAAGGCCGAGGCCCUGGCCGCCGGCAAAACGGGCGCCGUCUUUGACGAUGCUAUUGAGUGGUUCGAGAAGGAGUCCUCGCGCAAGCCUGACCCUGCUACGCAGCAGAUUUCCCUCUCGCUCGUCGCGAUUCAUACUACGACCGACUUGCUCACGCAGACUAUGAUUGAUUUGGCGGAGCACCCUGAGCUGGUUCAGCCUCUGCGCGAUGAGCUCGUCCGUGUGCUCAGUGCAGAAGGGUUGAAGAAGACGGCGCUGUAUAACCUCAAGCUCAUGGACAGCGUCAUCAAGGAGUCGCAGCGCAUGAAGCCCGUCCUGCUCUCCACCUGGCGCCGCCUCGUCAAGAAAGACGUAACCCUCUCCAACGGCUUCGUCCUCCGCAAGGGCCAAAAGAUCAUCGCCACAAACACCCACAUGUGGGACGCAAACUACUACGAGAACCCGGCCACCUACGACGGCUACCGCUUCCUCAACAUGCGCGGCACCGACGAGGAGAAGAACGCGCACCUCGUCAGUACCAGCGCCAAGCACCCCGGCUUCGGCCACGGUCAGCACGCUUGCCCCGGUCGCUUCUUCGCCGCCAAUGAGGUCAAGAUUGCGCUGGCGCAUUUGCUGCUCAAGUACGACUGGAAGUUCCCCGAUGGGUUCAAGCCGCAGACCAUGCCGCAUGGCAUGGUGCUGUUGCCGGAUCCUUCUGCGACGUUGUUGAUUCGUAGGAGGAAGGAGGAGCUUGAUCUGGACUCGUUGGAGUGUUGA